GUCCGCAAGUCACGUGAAGAAGGGCGUCGCGUGCCCCAGCUCCGACCAGUGUCUCUUCAUAAGAGACUCGGAAAGGACCGCGUCCUGCAUCGCGCGCGGCGGCCUGCGCGGGUUCUGGGGCAAGAUGUCCCAGCGCGGCCAGGACUGCCCGAACGCUUUCGGGUACGAGCUGAUCGCGAUCAUCAUGCGGUCUACGGAGACGA